AUGUUUUGCCUCAAAUAUGUUCGCGCGAUUCAAGCUAUUGCUCCAUAUCAUGAGUCGGCACGGUUUGCAUUACUUGCUUGUCGUCGACUGAGGAGAGAAUGGACUGACAAUGAACUCAACAAGGGCAUAGGGCCUGAGGUGUUGGAAUCUUUGCAGUAUUUGAUAAAAGUCAAGGCAGCGCUUCCAAUGGAUCUGCGGAAAACUGGCGAGCAAAGUUACAUCCAGUGA